GCAAAAUAAGAGUGAUUGUUUUAAUAAGAUUAAGAGAUUAUGUUUAUACAGAUUACUUUAUAACCAGCACUGAGAGACAGAUGGAAAAUUUUCUGGCUACUUUCAUGGUGGAAGGGAGCCGAAUGUAAGUGGCAAGAAUGCCAGUCAUAAAUGUGGAGAAUCUCACAGACUUGGAUAGGGCAAAAAUGGAAGUAGCUCAGCUGAAAACCGAGGUGAAACUAGAGAGGGAAAAGGUGUCAAAGUGCUGCGAAGAAGUCAUGGAAUAUAUUCAGGGUGCAACAGACGAAGACCCCCUGGUCAAAGGCAUCCCAGAGGAGAAAAAUCCAUUCAAGGAAAAGGGUGGAUGUGUGAUUUGCUGAACUGGACACAGCAAUUCCACUAACUUCUACUAUUUAGACCUUCAGUACUGCACAUGGACACUUGUUAUUGUUUAAAUGUGGUAACUGCUCUAAUGCCUGAGACAGGGAAAAACACAAUUGAGGACAAAUAUUCAAAUGACUCUGAAUGGCUUGUUUGGCAUUUUAAAUAAAUACCUUAGAUGUGGACUCUCUCGUGUUGGUGUGUUUUCCUUUCUUAAGUCCUG